AUGCCUCAAGGACCCAGACGGACUUCUGAGUCUUCAUACAUACUGGCCCCAAUCGAACGCUAUUACUGGUACCUACGAUACAAAAAUUCUAACUACAGCUCGAUCGCUGCGUCGUACGUCCAGCAGUGGCAAAAAUUUGCUACGGCAAGCGAUGGUCUGCAUCUCACUCUCGAGGUAGGUUUCUGCUCAUCAGGUGUUUGCCUAACGGAUUAUCAUCAGUAUGGCAAUGAUUCUACAUGGGGACUAACAUAUAAUAUGUUCGCGGACAAAUUGUUGGGUACUAACAUUAUUCCUGGUGUGGUUUACGGCAUGCAGACGGCCUUUUAUAAUACCACUGCGAGCACUUUCGGUGUGCAGUUGGACACAAGGGAUACCUAUACAUCUACUAGCUGGUAA